GAUGUCCCUCAUUCCGCUGCGAGCAGUUGCUGGCGUGGUUUGCGCGCGCCACUAGCUUUGUUAUUUUAAUUUUCUGUUAUAUUACUUCAUUAUGAAUAGUACGGAAUUGACUGAAGUGUGCCGUUUGUGCCCCAGCACUCACGGAUUGUUGAAUAUAUUCGAUGGAGGACUCUCUGCGACGUAUAAUAUGAGGGAAGUGAUUCUGAUUACAACUGGAAUUGAGAUAUCGGAGACCGACAUGGUUUCAAAGAGUAUUUGUGAAAAAUGUUUCAACAUAACUCUCAAGAUGUUUCAAUUUAGGCAGGAUGCCUUAAAGCAAGACAGAGAGUUAAAGGAAAAAUGUGUUAGGCUGUUAGUUAAGGGUAUAAAACUACCAAAUACGUGUAUCACGAUCAAGAAAGAAAGAACAGAACCAAAAGCUUUGGGCAGACAGAUGAAGCAAGAAUUGAUGUCUCCGCCCUUGCCUAAAUCUGAAAUUUUCAGUGAUUUGAAAAGAAAAAGGGAACUUCAUUCUUCGGUGGCCGACAUAUACAAAACAUAUCCUCAUUUAAAGUUACCCAAAAAGUGUUUUGCCGAUCACAUGGCUCCGGUAGUUUCACUGGCUAUGGGCCAGGUAGAACAGUAUUUUAGAUCUGCCAAAUUAGACAUGCGCAAGUUUAUUUAUCGGCCUCGCUCCAAAGUCAACAAUAUGGCGAAAAAGAGAACCACGGUACUAAAGCAGAAGACAGUGACACCGCUGAAGAUCAGCAAGAAAUUGUUCGAAAUAAAUGAUGGCGAUAACAGACGAAAUUCAUGUAGCGACUAUGUUUGUUCUUCUGUCGAUAAAAACAAAAAAAAGAGGUCCCUUUCAGAAGAGAAUGACCAUCUUGCUCCACCUAAUAAAGAAAAACGAUGUUCUGACCAAGUGAUUGAUAAAGUUGGUUCUGAACAUGUAGACGCAGUGACUGAAACACGAGCACAAGUAGAAAAUGUAAUAAAAGAGACUGAAUUAUUACAACCGGUAAUACCACUAAAAUCUGUUGAACAGCCAGCGGAAGUUAUGUCUGAGGUAGCUGUUAUAUCGUCGCCUGAAGGAAGCGAUACCAGCAAUAGGUUCACGACUGCAGCUUCUACUGCCAAACCCGAUUUUAUUGAGUCCUUAGGACUAACUCCUACUGUCACAACUUUAAAAUCUCAAACUCUACACAUUUGUAGUGUGUGCGGUAGCGUUCACUCAACAGUCUUUGACUUAAAACGACACUCGCGUAAACACAUGGUAUGCCAGUUCUGUAAGCUCAAGUUUAAAACAUUGGAGAGCAAACAAAAUCAUAUCGACCAAGAAUGUCACAUGAAGAGAAUCAUGAACGCUGGCGUAGUUGUGAGGAUAGAAAAAAUAGACUUUAAUAGGAAGGUACGAGAGAAAUACAAGAAUGCUUUCAUGGAUUUCCCACCUUUAAUGCCCUUGGAAAGGGAAGAACUAGAAAUUAACUUAGUGGAACAAACUACGGAGGAACCUAAAGAACCAGAACAAGCUCUUCAACCAUCGGAAGAAGCUCCCGCUCUCGAACAACAGGAUAAAGACGCUUCAGUUGAUGUUAUAGUUCUUUCCGAUGAAGAAACUUCAGUUCAACCUGUAACUCACCCAAACAUCGCAGCGGCAACAGAGAACUUUGUUCAGAACUCCUCUGUAGUUAGGCCGGACGUCAGAAUCAAAAACAAUUCACUCUUGAAUUUUCUCGCGCCAAACGUCACUGAUGUAAAACUAGUAAAGAAUCUUAUAGACUUGACCAAAUCUCAAUGUGUAGAGAGCAAGGAAAAGACGGUUCAAACGGACCUUCCCUCGAACAAAAACGUUAUAAUUCAUAAUUCCGAGGGUACGUGCUCGUUUAAGAAUCUCAAGGAACAGCUGAAGGUGUAUAAAGUGCCUGUAAGUAUUCAUAACGGAUCAUUCAGCAUUUCGUACAUGUUUAAACCGAUCGAGAUCCCGAGAAGAAAAAUGGCGUCGUGGGAUCAGCUUCCAGUGAAUGACGUUGAUGACAUUGGAAUGAUUCCUAUUACGGCACAAGUUAAUACACAAUUGACGCCAGUUACUACCAAUAAUGAUCCGAAUAUUUCAGGAGCUGUACAGAAUCCUGCGAUGCCGCAUCAGCAGAAUAUUGUGUCGCAAAACACGUCGUUUUUAACGAACACUGUCGUGCAUAUCAUGCCAUCUCUUCUGCCAGUUGCGACCAGUACCCACAAUCAAAACCCGGCUCCUGUAAUACAACAACUGUCGUUUUCGGUCGUACCUCCAUUUAGUCCCGGACAGGAAACCAUAAAAAACUCUACGAGUAUUUCUUCAACAUCUGUAAAUUCAAAUAACACCACUAAUUCUUUGUCUACAUCUUCAAAUUCAACUGUAGGUGUUAAGAGUGCUAGUUUGAACACUACUAAAAACCGUAAUAGGUCCCCGUUAACAUUUAAAAAACCUUCUAACUCUCGUACUGCUGUUCGAACUCCACCUAGGGCCAAUAACGUUAUUCCUGAUGCCAACUCCAAGUUUCGUGUUAAAAACGUAUGGGAGUUGCAGUAAGCUCUGAUAAGAAAGUUAUUUUGAAAGUUUAUUUUGUUAUUUAUAAUUUCGCAUUGGAGGCACAUUAUUAAUUAGGAGGUCAAUUCCGUAAGUUUUAAUAAGAUCGAUACUGAAUAGAUUGAUGUCCUAUGUUUAGUUUUGUAAUAGAUCGAGUAAAGACAGACUUUAACAUUACCAUGUCGGGAUAAUGUUAAACAACUAAGGGCUGUCCAACAAGUUAGGGAAGAUUUCGACAGAUGACAUCCUAAAAAUGACAUGAAGUAAAUUUUACUUGCCUGUGAAUUAAACUGACAGAUACAACUGUCACUGUAAAGGAUCCUUUUGUUGGACAAACUACAAUCGCUAUGACUAAAAUAUGACCAUUACCAAAAUACCGUUUGACGUCUUCAUUUACAUUAGGUACCGUUACACACUGUUAUAUUUUAAAAUGCCGUUAAUUAUGUGAAACUAUGAUCAUUUUUUGUGUUUUGCUUGUCGAUAAUAUAGAUUUAUCUAGUUAAAUAUGUUAUUUGAUAUUUCAAUUAUUAUUUAAAAUAUUUUAAUAGUGUAUGUUUUUAUACGACGCAUCUACAAAAAAUAACCUAUAUUAAGUCAUCAUUCUCAAUUUAGGUCUGGUUUGAACUGAUAUGUUUUGAUCUUUUCUCUGUAUUUCCUUAGCUUAGAUAUCUUAAUUUUAUAGUAAUUCUCUCUGAACUUUCGACAUCAGAAACGGGUCUUAAUUUUUUUCAUUAUUUUAAUAACUUGGUGCCCUUAAAACAGACUAUAUUUAAGAAAGACCGACCCACAGAUAAUUUACUCUCAAGUUAAUUUUCACUGACCACAAAAUAAUUGACAGCAUUUUAGUACACAUUGGUUAAAGUCAAAGUGAAACUAAAUAUUAAUUAUAAUUUUCAUAGACUAACAUCAUUAUUUUGUAACACUGGCCUUAAAUGGAAAGUUUACAUGAGAGAUAAAGUUUGUCCGUUAAUAUUUUAUGAUUUGUUUAAUGUAAGAAUUUAUACUUAUUUUUGAAUUUUAUUUUCUAUUAUAUUAUCAGUCAUAUGUUGUAUUAUUUAGGAAUAUUUAGCUGAAAUAUUGCGUAUUAUGACCAAUAUUGGGGGUAUUCUUUUUACCCUUUUUAAGUGUGUUAAAUUCAGUUCAACUAAGAUACUUACUCAUCUUAACUGUCUCAGUAAAUCUAGCAUGUUCUAUUUACUUGUCAUAAAUUGAGUUUGAGGUGAGAUAAAAUCCCCCCCUGAACUGUUCUUUUUACUUUUUAUUCAUCUUAACUCAUCUCAAUUUGUAUUAUCUUAUUAUAUCUAGUAAUGAGAUAUACUAAGAUUUCCUGUAGGUAAAAAUAAUACAGGUAUUGCUAAGAAAAUGGUGUAACUAACCUCUAAUCAAGGACAACAGAAAAAGAAUAAUUUUAAUUAUACACAGAAAGUGUGUAUGUCGUUAAUUUUAUUUAUUAUUAUUGGUGACCUCUUUGUCAUUUACAUUCUGUUGUUAGUUACUUUGAUAUCUGUAUAUCAUCUUGUAUAUGUAAAUGCAAAGUUUGAUGUCGUUAAAUUUAUUUAGAUAAAAUGAACAAUUUCUUCGAUUUUUUCUUUCUGUAUUUAUAAAAAUAUACAGUAAUUUCUGUCUAAAUAAUAACUAGUGAAAUAACAGUGAUUUGACGUUCGAUUGGUUUAUUUAACAACUUUUGAAUUGUAUAAUUAAUAUUUUUAUAUAAAUAAAAAACGUUAAAGCAAUAUAUAAAUACUUAGAAUGUAAAACAAAAUUUGUGAUAUCUUUUUAGGUAUUAAAAAACGGUUAUAGUUAGUUUAUUCUUUAAUAUGUUUUUAGAUUUAAUUUUUGAUAAAUAAAUGUUUUUUUUGUACAUUUUUCUUUUAGUUCUAAUUGUCCUAAAUAUAUUUUUGCUGUUAAAACUUAUAACACUCCAAUGGCUAAAGAAUACAAGGACGCGUAACGCCCAUAUACGGGCUGGAGCAGAGUUUGUGCUGUUUAGACGCCAUCAUUUUGGAGCCUACAGAUGAGUCACAGGCUCGUCAACAGCGACAAUUUUAGCGAUUUUUAAUAGUUUGUGUGUAGUGAAUAUUGUAUAAACUUUAUUACGAUGGUGAUUUGUUUAGUUUUCAAGUGUAAAAGCCGCAACGAUAAGAGCCAGAAGUUUUGUUUCAUAGGUAAAUAGACAGUCCAGUCCAACUUUUUAGCGUUUUCUUAUUGAAUUUGAUAAUUAUUUUUCUGAUAUUAUGUAUGUACUUGAUAUGUGCUAUACGUCGAUACUAGUUUCGUAUCUUUUGUUAACAUUUUAUUACGUUUUUUUUAUAAUUAAUUAGUAUGAUACCACCUAAAAAAGCAGCAAACACCAUAGGCGUAAUCAAAACAUUUGUGAAAAAUAUAAGUAUCUCUUCAAGCAGCUAAGUUAAUAAAAAUAAAAAUAUGUAGCCACGGCACUAUUUGGAGCCAUGGUAACAAUUUGGUCUGGGGUGUUAUUUGUCCUUGUAUUCUUUAGUCAUUGUAACACUGUAAUUAUGACGUCACCAUAUAACGACAUAAUUUUAAUUUUAUACUCCGUCUUUUUUGUACGCCUGGUAGACAGUAGAAUUUUUUUUUAUUAUAAGUAAUAAUAUAUAAUAUUCUAUCUUUGUUAUCAGUAUUAUACAUUGCAAAUACCGUAUGAUAAAAAAACGGCUGGGAAAUGACGAUCGUUGACAUUUCCCAUAUAAAUUAACAGCGAUCUUCAUUUCAUAGCCAUCGCUGACGCCGUUUUUUCUCGAUCAUACGGUACCUAGACUACAAUAUUACGUAUAUUCACAUACUUAUUUAACUGUACUCAGUAUAAAAUAAUAUACUCGAUAUUUUCAAUAAAUUGAAUUAGAUUCUAAGUUUAGUAAGA